GGGAGCACCAGGGAUUAGCAGGAGUUUUUGUUUCAUUAACAAUAUAUCCCAAUAAAAACGUUUUUGCAACUGUCGCUCUGGUCCACCGUACUUGUUGUUUUUGCCGGCCGUCUCAAGUUACCGCCUGCCCCCGGCUCCGGGGCUGCCAUUUUGGCAGGGGAAUCCCAACAUCCGGGACCUUAUUGACGUCACUGUGAAUGGAAUCAACACAACAUCACGUUCGACAAAAUCAUGGAGAGACUUUACAGAGAGGAGUUUGACCCGGCCAACAUUAUUGCCUACAAUUUUCAACCCAGGCGCCAGGCGCCGGCGCCGGCGUUAGGAGGAAGUGGGGAGGGAGACGUUGGUCCGCUGCCGGUCGAUCCUGUCGCCCCACCUUCCGAACCGGAGUGCUUGGGAGCACACAGUACGGCGUACUGGGACGGGGAAGACGUAGAGACGGAGGAGUGGCGCCUCGAUGAUUUUUUGUGGUGCAGGUGCACCAACUGCCGGCCGAUGACAACAGUUCGCGAGUGCGUCUGUUGUCAUGAUUUGACAGAAGCGGAGACAAAGGGCGUAGGGCAGUGGGACGGCAUCCACUGCCUGCGGGAUCAUCCCGACUUCAGCGCCGUCGUUCUGAACAAAGCCGUCCUGGACGCGGCACUCAACUUCCGGGUUGAUAUCAAGCUGGAGCCGCUGAGGGAUGAGUACCCACCACGCACGUACCGUCUCCAGGCGUACCGGCAGUGCACUGCCUGGUUGCAUCAGCGGCUGGGGAGAAAGAUCCGGCGUGUCCUGCCGUCUUGUGCCGUCUGGGCGAUCAGGGAGGCCUACCCCGAGCCGGCCGGCGGCAACUACCGAGGUUUUCUUGACGCAGACGACGAAAUCUACGACUACAUCUACGAAUGAGGCGGACGUUUCUGAGAGUUCUACAUAAUGUUUUUAAAGUUAUGUGCGGACCAAACACUCACUCACAAUAUGUUUUGAAGUUGUGUUAAAAUUUUUUUUUGAGUACCCCUUUCAUGCUCCUUGACAUUAUAUACAACGUUAUAUAUGUAUAUAGUUUGUAUACACUUUGCUGUCAAGUCCGUAAAGAUGCAAUUUUCGAAUAUAAUUAUGCAAGUUGAUGUUUAACUGGACUAGAUAAUUAUUAUUAUUAAUACACCAGAUUACUAGAUUCUUGUUAACCUGUUUCACCAUCAGCAUUUUUUCUAAUGUUUGAAUUAGGAAAAGAUAGGAUGUAACUUGCUAAUACUCU